CAAGCUAUUUGUUGUUAUUUUAAGCGGUUUUGGGAAGCAAAGCCAACGAACGAGUUUACGGUUUCUUUUGCAGUUUCGUCUCCUACGUAUAGAACGAGGUAAUAAUAAAUUGCAUAUCAAGACCCCGCAAGGAUGGAUUCUCAAAGAAAUCAACCCGAAUCCCUGCCAACAUCUUCUGCAAAACCUGCCAUCACUUCAUGUAGAAGGAAGAAAUCAGAAGACGCCAGUUUCCUGGAAGAUUUAAGAGAUCAUAUUGAUGAAUUCAUUCAUGCCUCUAUGGAUGAACACAAAACUUGCUUUAAGAAGACAAUUGAGAAGAUGUUUGGGAUGUCAAAGAUUGUUGCUGAGAGGAAUUCAGAAUCUGAAGGAAUUGAAAGUUCUCUGCCCCUUCAAACAACAGUGGCCAAGUAAAGUAUGUUGCAAUCAUUUGUUAUAUGUUGAACAGAAUUACUUGCAUCAUGCUGGAUGUUGGAAGAGAGAUGAAUUUUGUCUACUUUCUAGCUUUCAUCAAGCUUUUAUUUUCAUAAAUAAUUGUUUGCCUGAACAUAUUAGGCACACAUUUUAGGUAAGGAUGGAAUAGUGUUUCCUUUGGUAGCUAAGGUCAUGAGACCCAUUACUUGAUAGAUUUUUGUGUGUAAAUUAAUUAGAUGAUAAAUAUAUUUUCUGUGAACAAAUUCGGUGAUUA